ACGUAGCGAGUGCGGGUCGGAUACAGCUGUUCGCUGGAUGUGAAAAAGUUAUAUUUAUUAGUGGUGUAUGUGGCUACUCUAUGUAUAAUAUUCCUGUUGUGUAUCUCGCGAAUCGCUCUUAUGAAACAUCCACACACAGACAGUAGCCAUGUUGUGCGCGUUACCCAACUUCCUCGCCAAAGGAACGGGAUUCUUCUCCUCACACGCUAGUAUCAACAACAACAACGACAACAACAACAGCAAAGAUGUCGUGGACAUCAACAACGCCAAAGACCUCGAGAUCCCGGACCAGGACGAGAUUAAAAGCGUGAGCUCCAGGAAUAGCCUCAACUUCUUCAAGCGCGUCAGUCGCACCGUGAGCAUCCGAAACAACAGCAACUUCUUCAAGCUUAAGUUCAACAGCUUGACCCUGCCCAUCCCCCUGUCGACAUGCGUGGGUCUAGGGAUCGAGGACAGAGUGGACAGUAUGAUCGAGGCGGAGGUCCGGCGGCCGAAACACAAGCGGAGACAUUUACCGGAGGCGAGUGGUCCGUACACGGUGGGAUGCGUGGAUUUGAUGCUGGGACUGGCUGACCACGGGACUUUUUUUAGGCUUUACUACCCGACCAACGCCACGAACGUACAG